AAAGAGUCGAAAAGGCAAAAUAUAUCCUAGGUUUCUUCGAAUUUCUCUGAAUUGAAACGCCAUCUUUCACGAGUUCCCAUCGUUCUUUUCGGAACGGUCGAACGUUUGCGUUCGUGUUGAAAAACGUGACCGUGCGACAAGAGUACCGUGUGGCGGUCUAACAAGAGGGAGUGUUAUGCAUGAUAUUGCAUACUGACGUAUAAUAAAGGUAUUGUGUGACGGAAUGCAGUUGUCGAAAUAAAUCAUUUAACGCUUCCACGGAUACAAGAUUUUUGCGGUUCGCACGGCUCUGGUGUAACCGGCAUUCAUCAAUCUACGCGAUUACAAAGAUUGGUUAUUGGAAAAAUGGCGGCCGAAAUGCUAAACAAGAACCGAAUGAUGGUUUUUAAGAACAAAGGCAAGGACCAAGAAGAAAUGCGAAGAAGACGAAAUGAAGUAACGAUAGAAUUACGUAAAAACAAGCGUGAGGAAACUUUACAAAAGAGAAGAAAUGUGCCUAUUGCGGAUUCUACUGAUGAAGAUGAUACUGAGAAGAAUUUGUCAAAAAUCGAUUUAAAGGAAUUAGUGUUGAAAGCGGAAAGUUCAGAUGCUGCGGAACAAUUACAAGCUGUUCAGUCGGCAAGAAAGUUACUGUCUUCAGAUCGCAAUCCACCUAUUGAUCCAUUAAUUCAAAGUGGUAUCUUACCCAUUUUAGUUCGUUGUCUUGAACAGCACAAUUGUCCAUCUCUACAGUUCGAAGCAGCAUGGGCUCUUACGAAUAUUGCUAGUGGAACAUCCGCUCAAACACAAGCUGUAGUUGCAGCUGGUGCUGUUCCACUUUUCCUACAUUUGUUACUUUCGAGUCAGCAAAAUGUUUGUGAACAAGCUGUCUGGGCUUUAGGAAAUAUUAUUGGAGAUGGUCCAAUACCUAGAGACUAUGUUAUUAAUCUUGGUGUUGUACAGCCACUGUUAAGGUUUAUCAAACCAGAUAUUCCUCUCCCUUUUUUACGUAAUGUCACAUGGGUGAUUGUCAACUUAUGUAGAAAUAAAGAGCCUCCUCCACCUAUUCAAACGAUAAAGGAUAUAUUACCUGCACUUAAUAUACUCAUCCAUCAUACAGAUAUUAAUGUUCUUAUUGACACAGUUUGGGCAUUAAGCUAUCUUACUGAUGGUGGUAAUGAACAAAUUCAGAUGGUAAUAGAUAGUGGUGUUGUACCACGUCUUAUUCCUCUCCUAUCGCACAAAGAAGUUAAAUUAUUGACAGCAGCUUUACGUGCAGUUGGAAACAUUGUAACUGGCUCAGAUGAACAAACACAAGUUGUUUUGAAUUGCGAUGCUCUUUCACAUUUUCCAAAUCUAUUAACUCAUCCAAAAGAGAAGAUUUGUAAAGAAGCUAUUUGGUUCCUUUCUAACAUUACUGCUGGUAAUCAAACACAAGUGCAAGCCGUGAUAGAUGCUGGAUUAUUGCCACUUAUUAUUCGUAACUUGGCGAAGGGAGAAUUCCAAACACAAAAAGAAGCGGCAUGGGCAAUCAGUAAUUUAACAAUAAGUGGCAAUAGUGAUCAAGUUGCACGGCUCAUCCAAGAAGGAGUUAUUGGACCUUUUUGCGAUCUUCUUUCGUGUAAAGAUACACAAGUUAUACAAGUUGUACUUGAUGGUAUACAUAACAUGCUCAAAGUUGCAGGUUCACAGGUCGAAUAUUUGGCUAAUAUGAUAGAGGAAUGUUCAGGCUUGGACAAAAUCGAACAGCUGCAAAAUCACGAAAAUAUAGACAUUUAUAAGUUAGCUUAUGAUAUUAUCGAGCAAUACUUUUCAGGAGAGGCUGACGAGACAAAUUUGCCAGCACAGGCCGGAGAUGGGACUUUUGAAUUUGAUCAGACAAUGAGUAUUCCGAGUGAAGGUUUUAAAUUCUGAGAGAGCCUCCUUUCUUUUUCAUCCGAUCGUGCCGUCCCCCGACAAAUUCCGAGGUGGAGCAAAUCUGCUUUCCCUUUCCUAAUCCUAUAUUUUCUUCUGCUCCACUGACAACGCGUGGUAUUAUUUAUCGUGCCACUAUUUGAACCAAGGGUCAUACUUCUUGCUGAUUCAAAGAGACAAAGCAAUGUGCUGACUUUCCUGGCUACAGAGAAUUAAAAAUGGAAGAAUUAUAGAGCUGACGAACUGUUACGAAGCAAGCAUCGACUGUGUUCUUAUGUUCUAUCCUUCCAAUUCUUCUUAUAUGUAUGUUACCUUUCUUUAUUAUGCAUAAUAAAAGUAUUGGCGGAGCGAGUCUUAGCCGGACGCAGCUAGCAAUACGAUGUGCGAGUAAAUUAUUCUAGUAAAUUGAUUAGUUGCUCUCUCAAAUGGAGGCGCAGAGAGGAGACCUUUUUAUUGCUUAAUCAUGUUGCUCUUCACUCAAACUCAGGAUGAGUCUUGCUUAGCGAUGUUACAUUUAUAAAACAAUUCGUGUAUAUUUUAGGCAUGUUAAAUUUAUAAUGAUAUUGAUUACUAAAUAAAUGAAUCGAUUGACUACUCUUUACUAGCAUAAUUAAUCAUUGUGGACAUUUCUGUAAGGAGUUAGCAACCAAUAAAAGUAUAGCGUGAAUCCGGCAUAACUCUAACCCUCAGUCUGGCGUUUCGCCUCAA